AUGUUCUCCGCCCGCAUCGCUCGCGCUGCCCCCCGUGCUGCCGCGCAGGUUCGCGCCCCUGCCCAGCGCCGCUUCGCUACCGACGCCACCAAGAACGAGUUCAUCAAUGAGCGCGCUCACCAGAAGGAGCACGCUGGUCAGACCACUGAGCUCUGGAGGAAGAUCUCCCUCUACGGUGUCCCCGUCGCCCUCAUCGCCUCUGGCGCCAACGCCUACUACCUCUGGGAGGCUCACUGGGACCACUGGAACCACAUGCCCCCUCUGCCCGAGCGCACCGAGUACGCGUACCAGAACAUCCGCUCCAAGAACUACCAGUGGGGUGAUGGUGACAAAACUCUUUUCUGGAACGAGAAGGUCAACUAUCACCGCAAGGACAAGUCUUGA